UGGGUGAUCUAUGUGUCCAAUGCGCUCUUCUGCGCUCUUCCCAGCAUGGGACUGGGAUCCGUGGUGCAACAGCAUCCAGGAACCUGGUGUUUCAUUGACUGGCAUAGCAACGACAGCACGAACGCCACUUUCUCCUACAUGUACGCCGGCUUCAGCUCCGUCCUCAUCCUCGCCACAGUCCUCUGUAACGUGCUGGUGUGCGCGGCUCUCAUUAUGAUGCACAAGCGCUUCGUCCGCAGGACCUCGCUGGGGACGGACCAGGCGCGAGUCGCGGAGAUCAGGCGCAGGCGGAGUUUCGUGCGUCUGGCUGGCGCGGAGAUCCAGAUGGUCAUUGUUCUCAUAGCCACGUCCAUUGUCGUGCUCAUCUGCUCCAUCCCUUUAGUGAUGCAGGUGUUUGUGAACCAGCUGUAUAAUUCUCCAGUAGAGACGACAACAGAGCUGAACCCAGACCUUAUGGCCAUCCGAAUUGCCUCUGUCAACCCCAUUCUGGACCCCUGGAUCUACAUCCUGCUGAGAAAGACAGUCGUACAGAAGAUUCUAGAAAAGAUCAAGUGCCUCUUCUGCCGUAUCGGUGGGAGGAGACACGGGAGGAGCUCUACAGAGUUCCACUGUGGUAAUGGCAUCCACAACUCAUCGGUCAUGUCUCGUGAUUUGCCGUCGCUGGUGCUGCCCGAGUUGCCAGAGGUGAUCAGCACGUCGCAGAUGUACCUGUUUCCCCUGGAGGCGGGACAGGAAAUGGGCUGCUGCAGUGACUCUAUGCAGAGCAGGACGUGUUCAACUUCAACCGAGCAAACCCUUCUGCGGGACUCUCAGGUGGUAGAGCUCAGCAGUGGAGAAAACAGAACAGAAACAGACACAGACUUUGUGAAAUCACAUUCAUGCACGCGCUCCAACACAAAUGAAUCGCAGUGUUCCAAGCACCAGCCGCUGCAAGUGACCUUUACAGACGAGACUUUGAGCUUUCAAGAAAGAAGCAUAUGAUACAUGCUGAAAAACUCGCUUAAUUCAACACGGCAGGAGGUGAAAUACAUUUCAAGAGCUUGAUGUGAAUGUUGCGAAUGGAAUCAGAACUUCUCAGAGCGAAAAUUGAAAGAAAGAAUUCCUAAAAACUCAUGAGACUGAAGAGAAAAGUUUUAAGAGAAAGACCAAUCAAAGGACUAAACUUGGUGCAAGAAAGUGAAAAAAGUGCUUACUAAAGUAGGAAAAAGAAUGUUGCGAUAAAUCUAGGUCAAAGCAUGCAAAAAAAAUGCAUGAUGGGGUUCUGGAAAGGGUGAAAGGGCAGAGGAGGAUGGAGAGGCAAACUGGCCUCAUUUUCUGGUAGUAACUCAUAAUGCAUUACUAAAGAAUGUGUUUUGUUAAGCAACAGGUUAUGCUGACUGCAUAUUCUAAACAGCGAGGCACAUUACAGCUCUUAAAAAUGUGUCUUUAAUUUAUUUUAGGUUCUUGUGAAUUUCUGCAAAAAAGGCCUUCAUAUUAGACAAAUAAUUCCACUGGGCCCUAAUUGACCCGGGCAGAGGUUGUUUUUUUUUCCUCUUCUGAAAUUCCGAAUAUUGAUUAGAUUCGAUGGACGACCUUGUGGAUUGUACAUGUGAGCAAGUAUCUACUGCCCUGCUUCAAGUUCCCUUUUUUGCAGACAUUCUGGCGAGAUCGCCAUUAGGUCACAAGCUCAAGUAAGUGCCUUGUUAGCUUUUCUUAUGCUGGAACUCGUGGUUUAAAAUGUCCUUUUCUUUAUGUUAAGGUGACCAGAACACUUUUCAUUUCCAUUGGUGAACUGUCCACUAUUUCAAACUUAUGUAAGAUGUAGCUAAGUGUACAUUCUUUGGAAUUUCCAUAAUAUGUACGAUAUUCUGUGAAUUAGCCAAGCAAUUUCAUAUCCAUGUUUACUAACAGUAACACCAUCACAAAAUACAUUGGUACUGAAAACACAUCGUACAAUGUAAGAUCACAUCGUUAAUAGUGUUUCUAUUUGUUUCUUUUAAAGUAUAUGUAGAUGAUAGAAUGUAUAGUGAGGAGGUGAAAUUGUAAAAGCUAUUAAGAUGUUGAAUGUCUUUUAAAGUAAUAUGUUUUGCACUUUUAAAUCCUUGUAACCAACCACUGAAGAAAAUGUAAAUGGUCACUAUAAGGUGUUGAUCAGUCAGUGGUUGUCAAGGAAGAACUGUUGAGUUCAUCUGUACAUACUUGUGAUGUUAAAAUGUGAACAGUCUUGUUAUGAUUUAAUUUAUUGUAGUGUUUUUUUAGACAUCUGUGGACUGUAGUUAUCUCUUCUCUGUGAGAAGGUCGAGUUUGACAUAGUUCUAACUCAUGUUGAAGCAGUUAUAUGGUUUUUGUUUCAUUUCACAUUUCGUAUGUGUAUCAAAACAGUACAAGGCAUGAAUUUAAGCUACUUCGCACCAUCAUUUGCUGCAUGUAUAUAAAUUAUUCAACAUUACUGUGUAUAUUUUCACCGUUUCAUUUUCACAUUUUCAAACACAAAGACAAUCUUGUCUUGCUCUUACCCUCGAUGUGACCCUUCAGAAUGUGCAAUGGCCAGCUAUUUCAUGAUGAAAUAAACUCUUGAAUUAAAAACAAAUAGAAAAACUGAAAA